AUGGCUGAUGUUGCAAGACCACGGGCGCUAGGGAACAGGACCGUACGAGCACGACACCACAGCAGCCGCACCCCAGGACGAUCGAGAUCAGGCCAUCAUUCAGCCUCUCCAGAGGACAUCAAUUACGCUAUGGAUGUUAUCUUACAGCCCCCUCCGACGGCCCGCGCCGGACUUCCACUGGGUGGCAAUAUCAUUGUUCGCUUGCGCACUCUCAAUGCCGAUAUUGAAGACGCUCUUGCGGAUUCGACCAAUCUUGUCGCGGUUGCCACUUUGAUUCCUGGACCCAACUCAACAGGCUCGACGGACCCAGUGGUUCUCAACACAUUGCUCGCAGGACGCCGUUUCGACUCAAUCCACCCAUUCUCAGACGACGAAGCAGACGGCCUGAUCGGCUCUAUGGAAAUGAACAACGAUCCCCGUGGCGUCGGCUAUAUGUACUUUCCCGAACUCACCAUUCGCCAAGCGGGCACAUAUCGGAUUCGUAUCACAUUAAUACGCAUUCGCAACUCGAGUUCCGAUCCACCGGUCGCAUCCGCUGCUGGAGGGGCAAGCGUUCAGAUCGUAGACAGCAACCCAAUCCUCGUUCAGAGCACUGGGUCCUCGUCUAACUUGGCUGCCUACAACGGGGAUGAUGAUGAUGACGAAGACGAUGGUGGAUGGCUAGAUGUUCUACGAUCACUCCAGACUCGGCGAAGGUCGCCCUAA